CGCCGAUCUAGAGCACGAUGUUCGACUGCCGGAGCUAUUACCUGAAAGGAAGCGAGGCCAUUAACGGUACUCUACUCCAUAUCUCACUUGAUACCACCACACGAUACGAUGCACUGUCUUAUACUUGGAGCCCUCCUCCGCUUGAGGAUCAUAUUGUAAUUGAUGAUAGCAUAUUUCCUAUCGGAUCGAAUCUUUCGGCAGCUUUGACAGAAACUUCGAUGGAAAAACCCUCGUACAUCCAAUCGCUAAGCCAAGCGCUAACCCCCCACUAGACGCAUCCUUAUCGAUAACUGUGGACGUAAAUCAACGUAGGAAGGAUAGUCCACAACACAGCAUUUACAACCUUCUUCGCAACAUGCAUGAUCCGCGUUGUGCACUAUUCGCAGUGGUCGCUGUUGUAGCGUACGUUUGGUCAGGCCGAACUGGUGUGCUCGAGGGAAGGUCACCUAUCGAAACUUUGACUUUCCCG